GGCGGUUGGUGUCAUAUGACACGGCAGCAGCAGGAAGUUGGUGGCUGUGUGUGUUCGUGUGACAGUCGCAGUUAAGUGUGUUCGCUUUACACUGAUUACAUGACAACGAUGUAGCUAUUAAAAUGCGUUGUGUGUCGUUUUCGUUCAUACACUGAGGACGGAGCUGCAGCUGGAAACAUGAGCCUGCGUGCUUUGUGGAUUAUUUCAUACGAGAAGGAUGGAAACGCAUCGAUACGCUUUUCAAGGAGGUUCUCCACUGUGGAGCACCGUGCCAAGUGCCUGGCAGGUCCCUCAUAUGUAGCAGUCCCAGAGGAGAGCGUUGUGCUGCAGCUCCUGCUCACUGAGCUGGGCCUCUCAGACCCAGACAGGUCUUUUGUGGCUCUCAGAGAUGAUUGUCUUCAUCGCCAGAGGUCACCAGCUCUGGAGCUGCAUGUGGAUGGUCCUGGAAAGGGAAUACUUUGGCCGAUGUUGGCCAUCUCACAAGGGCCUCUUAUUCUGGCUUGUCUGUGUUUAGUGGAUGCCCCUCUUGAGCCACGGCCACCACUUGCCAACCUCCUUUCUGUCUCUCAGGGCCUGAGUCUCCUGGCAGGCCUGCAGACUUUUCUUUUUGGCUCGGGGAGUAAGCCUGAUAGUGAGGGGAUCGCCUCUCGCCUGGCAAUGCUGCCCUCUAUACUCCUGCAGGUUUGUCCACUCGGUACACCUCUGGAUGUGCCAGUACUGGGGGCCUCCAAUACGCCCACUGUGCCCGUACCUGCCGGGAACCAGAAGCAACCGGCCUGGAAGACGGGUGUCCACCGUGGCCGAGCUGUUGUGAAUGUAGCGCUGAAAGAAACUGUUCGCUCCAUGCAGUAUGGUCAGCGGAGCAGACAGGACCUCUGGGAUGUAUAUGGCACAGUGACGUGCAAAUGUGAAGUGGAGGGGGUGCUGCCAAAUGUGACAGUGACUCUUACACUGCCACCUAAUGGCUCUCCACUGCAGGACAUCCUGGUCCAUCCCUGCGUCACCUCACUGGACUCCAACAUCCUGACCGCCUGCAGUGUUGAUAACUGUGACGGCUCAGCUUUCUCGGGCCCAUACAAAUUUCCCUUCUCUCCACCCCUAGAACCUUUCCGUCUAUGCAGUUACACAUCUCAGGUUCCUGUCCCCCCUAUUCUUGGAUCCUAUCAACUGAGAGAGGAAGAGAACCAGCUGUGUGUGUCGGUAAACCUCAAACUUCACGAGAGUGUCAAGAAUAGUUUUGAGUACUGUGAAGCACACCUGCCAUUCUUUAACAGAGACCUGAUGGGUGCCGUGGAUGUGAAGGUGAGCUCCGGACAGGUGGACACUUCAAAGGAGAAGAACCUGCUGGUCUGGACCCUCGGACAGAGGUUCCCUAAAUCUCGCGAGGUCAAGAUGGAGGGCAGGAUCACCUUUUCUGGGCCAACACCGGGACCUACGGACCCCAUCUGUACACAGCUUACAGCUUACGUCAAAUUGUAUUUCAAAGUACCAGACAUAACACUGUCUGGAUGCUGUGUGGAUCAACAUUCAGUGCAGGUUUAUUCCGCUGCCAAACCACGGAUUGUAACGUCCCGGGAUCUGCAAUCCAAAGAGUAUUUCAUAUGGAAUUCAACUGGCUGCGCUCCAGUGUCCUCUGUGCAGAUGAUGCUGUAGCACGGAUCCAUAAAGAUGAGCGUGGAGAGAAGGUGCACAUUUUCACCAUGUACCUGUGGGACUGAGCAUCUUGUCAUGCAUAUUUACUUGUCCAAACUGGACAUGUGGCCUUAAUAAAUGCACUUGUUACCGUC